AUUUUUUAUUUUGUUUAAUUCAAUUCAAAAAAUUAGUGGUCACAAAAAUUGAAGAAAUAACGUCCACGUUUUGUGUGUUAUGAAAAUAUGGAUGAACCGCCUUUAGAUAACAGUACCCCUAAACAUGUACAACAUGUUAAAGGACGACCACCUAUCAGAGAUCUAGAAUCAUUUCAGAGUCCUAUUGAAAACAUGGAAAGUGGGGAAGAGGAAAGCUUUUCAAUUGAUUCUGAUUCACUUUCAGAAUCUGAUUUCCAUGAUAUAUCCAAAAAAAAAAUUAAGGAUAUUUCGAAAAAAGAACAACCUUGUAAUUGGAUUUGCAUUGCAAUAGGUAUUGGAUGCAUAUCAAUUUUUUGUGUAUUGUUGUAUGAUGUGAAGGAAAUAGAAGUUGAAGCAGAGAAAUAUAUAAUGGAGACUCUGGAAAAAGAAUUUCCAAAUCAAAUGGACGGAUUUUGGCUUUCCAUUGAAGUUGUCAUAUCUGAAGUGAAAAGAAAUAAUCGUCCGAAGUCAGUAAUUUUCUUGUAUCAAGAUGAUACGAAGCAUAGUUUGGAUAGAAUAGUGAAAGGCAUUUCAUCUGUGGCAGUUUGUGAAAUAACUUCUUGUUCGUCUAAACCAAUCAUAAUUGAAAAAGGGCAAUUGAAUACAACGGAUAUCCUUGAGGAUUAUGGUGAAAUAAUUGCUGAAAAUAAAGAACAGUUGAGGGAAAACGGAGUUAUGAUUGUCAAAAAUUUGGAGACAGUACCAGGAGCAUCGGCUCAAGCUUUCCAUAGUCUUUGUGAUGAAGUAAAUCCUGUCAUAGAAAAAGCUCUUUUUUUAUUCACCAUGAAAGUGGAUAAAUUUUAUAGCAAUAAUAUCAAGGCCAUAGAAAAUCAGUUAAGGACUAUGUGGAAAGAUUUAAAGGAUGACAAAUUUUAUCCAUUAUUCACAAGAAUAUCAGAUUGUGUGCUUCCUGUUAAUCGAGAAAAAUAAAUUAGAAUUAAAUUUUUCAAAUCAAACCUCGAGAGAUAUCUAACCUCACAAAUUAUCAAGUAUGAGUUUCAGACCCUAGAUAACCCAUCUGAAAAAGAGUACAUAUUAUGUACUCUCAAUAAUAUAUUUAAAAUAAAUUUUUGAAAACAUCAAGA